AAAACUUAGAAGCACACAGACUGUUGUGCGAAUAACAUUUCCACAGAACGCAGGCAUGGCAAAGGAUGCUCGAGACAACUGGGAAAGUCCCAUGCAGUUUGUAAUGGCUUGUGUUUCAUAUGCCGUCGGACUGGGAAACGUGUGGAGGUUUCCUUACCUCUGUCAAAUGCACGGUGGAGGGGGUUUCCUGAUCCCCUAUCUGCUCAUGCUGCUCCUGGAAGGCGUGCCUCUGUUCUACUUGGAGCUGGCCAUUGGUCAGAAAAUGCGUCUGGGCAGCAUCGGUGCAUGGACUGCUAUAAGCCCAUAUUUAGGGGGACUUGGACUUGCCAGUGUUGUGACAUCAAUGUACUUAUGUCUCUAUUACAACAUUAUCAAUGCAUGGAGUUUCUGGUACCUCUUUCACUCAUUUCAAUCUGUCUUGCCCUGGGCAGUUUGCCCUGUGAAUUCCAACCGGACCGGACCUAUAGAGGAGUGUGAAAAAGCUACACCCACCCAAUAUUUCUUCUACAGAGAAACCCUUAAUGUCUCUCCCUCUAUUGAAAAGAAUGGUGGCAUUCACACAGGCCAGGCGCUGUGUUUCUUGCUUGCAUGGGUGAUAACUUAUCUAUUCAUUAUCCGAGGUGUAAAGUCAACUGGAAAGGUGGUAUACUUCACUGCAACAUUUCCAUAUGUUGUCCUGCUCAUCUACUUGAUUCGAGGCAUGACUCUUCAUGGAGCUCUAAAUGGUGUCAAAUACAUGUUCACACCCAAGAUGGAAGAACUUGCCAAUCCUACUACUUGGAUCAAUGCAGCCACUCAGAUCUUUUUCUCUCUGGGUUUGGGUUUUGGGUCACUCAUAGCAUUCGCCAGCUACAACCAGUACCACAACAACUUUGAGUGGCAGGCCAUCAUUGUCUCCCUUAUUAACAGUGGAACAUCCAUCUUUGCCUCCAUUGUCACCUUUGCCAUCUAUGGGUUCAAGGCAACUAUCAACUAUGAGAAUUGCUUGGAGAGGACACGCAUACUGCUGCUCAACUCUUUCAAUCUCGCCGAAGACAGCAUCAUCAUCAACAAUGUGUUUGAAAUGAUUGAGAAGCUGAACACAACAUUUCCAGAGCAGCUCGCUGAACUUAGCAACAAACUAGAAGACUGCAACCUGGAGAAUGAGCUAAGCACUGCUGUGGAGGGGACAGGGCUGGCCUUCAUAGUGUACAGUGAGGCCAUAAAGAACAUGCCAUUGUCUCAGCUGUGGUCAGUGCUCUACUUCUUCAUGCUUCUGAUGCUGGGAAUGGGCAGCAUGCUGGGAAACAUUACCGCCAUCACCACCCCACUACAGGACUUCAAAUUUCUGUCCCGCAUAAGCAACGAGGCUUUAAAUGGUUUUGUGUGCAUCCUCUGCCUUCUGCUUGGCCUUGGCUUCACGACAAGAUCAGGAAACUACUGGUUUACCAUGUUUAAUGACUAUGGAGCCACUUUCUCCCUGUUACUUAUUGUCCUUAUUGAGGUCAUAACUGUCAGCUACAUUUAUGGAAUCAAAAGGUUUGAAAAAGAUAUAGAAGACAUGCUGGGCCAUCGUCCUAAUUGGUUCUGGAAAAUCAUGUGGGGAGGAAUUAGCCCCCUACUUCUUAUCGGCCUCUUCUUGUUCUAUGUCAUUAACUACAUCCAAGGAGGAACACCCACCUACCAAGCAUGGAACAAAGAUCUGGGGAAAACCGAGCAGACGGAGUAUCCUCUCUUUGGUCAGGCUUUCAUCGGACUGCUCUUGGUAUCUUCAGUGAGCUGUAUUCCCCUCACAGCUUUGUAUAUCUUCUGUCAGAGGAGGAAACAUGCACAGCGACAUAAGCAACAGCAUACUGUAAAUACAGUAGCUGCUUAGUGAUUGGACGGUGACAGGGACAAACUCUGACUGUAACCUUCCUGCCACUUUCCUCAGCAGGGCUUUGGUCACCAGCUGGAAAGCAAGACUUUGGCUUCCAUCAUGGAUUACAGAAUGCAACAGUGGCAAAAGAAUAACCAAUCAUUUGUGCUUGUUAAUGUUUGUUUGUUAAAAAGAUAGAAAUAAAAAUGUAACUAAUAUUUUUAUGUGAGCCAGAGCUUUUAAAGGUUUUCAUCAUGGAAAAGAUCUUAAUGUGUUCUGACUAAUGUGGUAUUUAUAGAUAAAUCCAGUUGCACAUAAAAUUGGUAUUCAUUUUUUUAUUAAUAUAUUUUUUCACUGAAUCAAUUGCUGCUUUGAGCCAAUCAACAACCUGUAUACUACACUGAAGUAGAUUCAUUUGUUUUCUUCCACAGUAAGAAUCCACUGAUUAGCUUCAACUAGUUUCCACAUCUUUAACUGUGGCAUCUUAUGUACUGUAGGUUUCACUGUGUGUGUGAAUAAAGCGCAGUUUAUGUGAUUACCAGAUGUUUUUAACAAAUAUAGUUGUAUUCAGUAUUUUAUAUGACAGUGGUUCCCUGUUUGUCUGAUAUUGACAUACUGUAUGUAGCUGUUGCCCACACAGUGAGCUAUUGUUUUUUAUUUUUCAUUUCAUAAACUUUUUGAGUUGGUUUUUUGUUUGUUGUGCUUAGAGCUGCACUGUCUUCUCAGCACAAUGGUUUCUAGUUCAAAUCAGAGCUGAGGCCUUUCUCUACAGAGUUUAUUUUAAAUAUGUGGGUCUUCUGGAAACCUGGAGAUUAAAGGGUCUUUCUGUAAAUCUUCCCUUUGUCUUUGGGUGUGAGAUGGUUGUCAUUUAUCUGUGUUGUCACGGUGAUGGGCUGGUGACCUGCCCAAUAUGUACCCAACCUUUUGCUUGACAGCUGAGCUAUGUGCCAACUCCCCAUGAGCCCAACAAGAUUUAGUUGGUACGAAAAAUGAAUCAGAUUUAACACACGUCAGCAAUUAACAUUCAUUUACAGCAUAAUGUUAAUUUCUGCUGUAAAAUAAAUCAAUUCUCAGUCCAAUCUUAGCAUUGACACAGAAUAUCCAACAUAUGGUAGCGAUUGUUAUCAAACAAAAGGCAUUUUCUCACAUUUUGUUCAAUAUUUUCUUGGCAAUUGGGUAGUUUAAAUGAAUUGAGUUAAAAUUUUGUUGUAACAUCACACCACUGUGGCUGAGUAUUUUUUUAAAUCUCAAUGAGAAAAUUACAUGUUGGACAGAGAAUAAUUUGCUGAUUAAAUAGUCUAAUGAUCUGAAUAACUUGUAUGAAAGUUUUGAAAAGCAGAUUUAUACAUUUAUUUCCAAAAUUGUCAUGUUAUUAUGAAUUACACUUUAAUAUUAGUUUUGUAUGUGCUAUUUUUAUUUGGACAAAUCCAUUAAAAUGUCAUGUAUAAAGAUGGAUCAGUUGUUUAGAUACAAAUAAUUAGAAAGGCAUGCAUAUUCUGUUUUUUUAUUAUGUUAUAAGAAGCAGUCCAUACUCACCAUAGACAAUCAGAUAAUUGUUUUUUGUAAAAUGUUAUAAACUCUUUACCAUAUUAUUGUUUAGCUAUUUCAAGGAAGUUGGGGGGGUUCAAAUAAAUGUGUUUAUGUGUU